AUGGAGUCUCCAAGUCAACAGUCCAACGCGCUGGUGCGAAAGCGCACUGACACCGACCUCAUGCCACCACCGCCGCCCGCGAAGAAGAUCAAGAGGCCCAAGAAGGUCAUAGACGAAGAUACAUAUACCGAUGCCCUCUCGAAAAUUAUCGCGCGCGACUUCUUUCCUGGGCUUUUGGAAUCGGAAACUCAGCAGGAAUACCUCGACGCCCUCGAAUCGAAGGACGCAGUAUGGAUCUCGAGCGCUGGACAAAGGCUACAGCGCGUGAUGACCCCAGGAAGGCAGAGGGUGAAGAUACCGCCCAUGUUCGAGAAUGGAGGGCGCACACCGUCAGCGUACGGCGCGGAUACACCAGCAUCUGUCGCGCCAACAGUCGUUGAGGAGCAGAGGCCCGUUGUGGAUACCAACUUGAGCCUAGCCAACUUCCAGGCCAAGUACACCAGUGAGGAUAACGAGAGCUUCUACAAGCUCAUGGACAAGCAAAGUCAGAAGAAAGCGGAGAAGUAUGCAUGGCUCUGGCAUGGGAACAAGCUGCCAUCGAAACAGAUGAUCAAGCAAGCCGAAGUGGAGGAGAAGCUGGCUCAGAACGGCCGCUUGAUCGACGACGGGUUUAUCAAAAGAGACAGGCUGGCAAUCAAGGAUGCCGAUGAUAGGCCAGCCAGGCCGGAUAGCUGGAACGCUAACCCGAAGAACAAUCUCAUGUUUGGGCCGGACGGUGUUGAUGACAAAUACGAGAGCCCUGCUCAAAGGGCCGAGGCGACUUCGAUGAUGGCUCCGAAAUCGAUCAACUACCAGAACACAAGGAUCCCCCAGCCCGCGAUUGUCGAAAGGCCACCGUCUCCAACAAUGUCUGCGGUGAGAGACGCCAUCGCGGGUAGGCCGCGAAAGGACGAUCAAGCUUCGAGCGCGGUGGGAGGUGGAGAAACGCCAAGAGUGAAUGGCUACGCCUUCGUUGAUGACGCCGAUGAUGAAGAAGAGGUUCUUCCAGCACCAAUCAUUAACUUAGGCCCUGGUGAUGCGACUCCCAACCCUUUUAAAUUACAGGAGCAAGGCAAGAGGGAAAGUCUGCAUCAUCGGCUGGUUGAGAGGGCAGCGCAAUCCAAGAGAGAAUCGGUAAAGAAUGGAUUGACCGGAAAGCUAGAGAGGACCCCAGUGCCAAAGUUUCCAUCUAGUCCGAGGGUCUCUGGAGGACUGACGCCUGCCGCUCAAAGACUAUGGAGUAAGAUCGGAAGUCCCAGACGGGGAAGCCCCAGCGGCUCGACUCCGAAAGCGACGCCGUUGAGGGCACGAGGCUCGCUAUUGAAAGGUGGCUCCAAGGUCCCUCAGUGA